UUCCCGCUCUUUCUCUGAUGCUCGCAUUUUACGUCCCCUUAGAUGUGCAGUUGUCGUGAUGUGGUACUCUUCACGUGAUCCCAUCGGAGUGUUGUACAACCCCUCGGUGAAUGUUGAGCACGCCAGUCCUCUCACUAGUAUUUCAGACGAGGUGUACGUGGUGGCGUGAGUGCGUCCAGUAAAUGGCCAUGUUAGCGCCAAUGGAGCGGGCAGUCUUUUGUUGAGCUUAUCCGGCCGGAAUCAUAAAGCACUACGAGAGCCUGGAAUUCCUUCACAUCUAUGGAGAAGACUGCAGGUUUGCAACCUGCAUGAGUGAAGAGAAGGACACUGGCAUGACAGUUUGACUGGAAAUGUUACGACCUGGAGUGGUUGGUACAUGAGAACCACCGCGUGCCAGGGUUAAGUAUUAUACUACUAAUCACAGCCGCAGAUUUGUCACGAUGAGAGAGGCUGUACGAGAGUUGCUGGGUGCACAGUAGGCCACGGGGCGUUACAGAGGCUAGCCGUGUGGCAGUAAUCACGGAUUGCACGGGAACACACCUGAUCUGAAAGAUGACACUGUUCUACACCACUGAGUUCGCAGUUGUUCACUGGACUGGAUGUAACUGUUGCUGAAUCUUGUGCUUGACUGACUGCUUCACAGAGGACUGAGGAGCGCCACAUUUCUGUCCGGACAGCAGUUGGAAGGGCAGGCUGGUUUGAACAAUGCGUGAGAACGGAAAGACGGACGCGAACGGUGGGAGGAACAACAAGCCGUCGACGGGUCCGCUGACAAGGGACGACCAUCUCCGGCGGACUCUCAGUCUGCGCAGGUCCAAACGAAGAUUCACGUGGAAACGGGAGGCUAUCCCCGGUGCCAAGGCGCAUGAAGGCCCGGAGAAGUGCGGUUGGCUGACCAAGCAGUGCGGAAAGGGCCUGCUGGCGUCAUGGAAACGGCGCUACUGUGUUCUCAAGAGGCCAUUCUUCUUUUACUACGAAAAAGAGGACUCCGAUGGCAGUGAGAAGUCGGCCGGCGGGUUUGAUCUCGGAGACUACGACAGGUGUGAGGAGGGCACCAAGAAGGACUGCCGGAAGAGCCCCAACUCCAUCGUGGUUGUGCCUUCAUCCACGGCAGGAAACGAUGUGUUGAAGAUGCUGUUCUUCGCUGACAGUAAAGAGGAGAGAGACGCCUGGAUAAAGGCCAUCAACUCCGCCAUAGAGAAGGCAAAGCACCCUAUUGUCAUCGACUCCGAGUACGAGGACGACGGCACCCCGACCCGGCCGCUAGAACACGUCACCAAAGAACGGCCAAAGCCCAGGGGACGGCGGCCUCCCACCAGACAAGCACUCAGGGAAGAAGCCAAAUUCGUGAAUUCGCCCAGUCAUGAUCCACGUUUUCGUAUGCUGACUGUGGGUAUGAAAGGAUUCGAAAGAAACAAAGAAGAGACAGAAAGCGAAGGGGAGUGCUCCGUGCUGUCCACAGCCUCGCCCCGCCCGUCUGAAAUCAAACGCCAGGUGCGCCAGCAGACCUCUCCGCUGGUAGACCACAGCUACACCAGUAAGACCAGCCGGUCAGCCUCCCCGGCCUCCCUACCCUCCACUCCUGCCUCGCCAGCUAGCACAAGGAGCGAGUCACAGACACCAGAUGACAGCAAAUCGGACAAGGCCGUCCAGACUACCCGUGAUAUUGGCGUCCAGACCAGAGAGACCAGGAUGCGUGAUGACUGUAGGAGCAGGAGCAGCGAGAGUGGCGCCGGGGACAGGGUAACCAACAACCACGUCUGUAACAGCACGGAGAGUGUGGACUCCUUGUCGGCAACAGGCACGGACUCGGACGGGGAUGUGGUGGUGGGGAGAAUACGCGAACCCCGACGAGGUAGUAUCGGCUCUGGCCGUAUGAGGGAUGCUUCGCCAAGCAUCAGGAACGGUUCACCAGGCAGCAGCCCCACGAGGACUGUGUCCGAGAUUAGCAAAUCGAUGAAAGCAGCUAAAGAGUUGCUACAGAACGCAGAAAAGGCAAACGAGGCCGCAGGACACGCGAUGAAGGAGGCGUCUAAGAUGAGGAGAGAGGUUCAGAUGUUUGCCGAGGAAACAAGAAAGGUCCGCGAGGAGCUGGAGAAGACCACAGAAUCUGCUGAGGCAUCGAAAGGAUCGCCACUAGGAUCUCCUGAGAAGUCGGCAGACCCCGCUGAGUUACAAAAGAAGAUGGAAGAGAAAUAUGACGAACUUAGUAAAAUAACUGAAGAAGCAAAGACAAUGCGGGACAGGGCAAAAGACGCCCUGUUGGCGGCUGAACGCGCUAAGGAGACCUUGGACAAUGCAGAAAAGGCUCGCCAGGAGUACAUGAAGCUCAGUGAGGAUUGCAAGGAACUGAUUGCAAAAAUGACUAUCGCUGAAUCAAAAAAAGGCAAAGACCCGAAAGAGAAAUCCCCCGAGAAGAAGAAAAAGUAGUAAAAAAAGACAACUGUCCAUUCCAUCCGUUUUUACAAAGUGACAAAAAGCUCGGCCCUGCAGUGUAACGUACGUAGUCACAUGGAUUUUUCAUACGUGUAUGUAUGCAACAUCAAGAAAGAUUUGACUUAGUUUUAAUACCUUGUUAACAUGUUGCAAAAUAUAUUGGUCAAUCACCGCUGACAACCUGCCGUGGUGACUAAACAUAGGCCGCUUUAAAUACUUGUAUUGUCCUAAUGCACAAUAUAAUAAGUGUACCUGCUUGAACCACCACAGCUUCACUACCACCAGCCAUGUUCCGGUAUUGUUUUCUGCAGUAUAUCUUACAACAAACUAGAAAUACAGAAAGAACUUAACGGCUGGGAACAUGCAUAGAAAUGCCUUGGACGCUAUGGUCACAGAGUCGGCGUCAACAAAACCUAGCUGUGGAUCCCAUUGAAAUCUCAGACGGUUCAUUUGAUAAUGGGUAAAUUUGUCCAGUAUAGUAUCAGCUGUGCCACGUGCAUUUUCACACUGUAUCUAGCUGAAGUAUUUCUCUACAUUAUCCGUGUCUGUCAGUCAACCAACUUUAGAUUCAAGAAAAGAACUGCACAAUCUUAUUUGUCUUGUGAACUUAUUUGGAAACCGAGACCUUUUGAAGAGCAGCAAACUCAAUUUUUAUUACAAGAAAAGGCAUUUUGAGCAAUUCUCUUUGCAUCCCUGUAGAUAGUUUGAUAUGAUAUUUCCUAGAUGGUCCUUGCUCAAGCAUUAUCAAAAUGCCUCGACUCAGGCAAGUGAAUUUCAUGGGUGCUUUAUAAAUUCAUACUUUAAUGCUACGAUAUGCAAAGUAAGCCACAAAAGACAUCAUUACGUGUGUUAUUAGGUGGUCUGUCCGAAAGUUGUGUAAGAAUGCAUAAGAUUGUAUAUGUUAAGUCAGAUUGGCGAUGAAACUUGUUGUGCUACAACUGGUGUCUUGUGUAUUCUUGGUGCGUGUCCCUCUUUGUAGACGAAAAAUCAUACUGAGCAGAAUUACUUUCCUACCACAUCAACCUGCAAGCAUAUUUAUUUGUGGGGAAAAAUGACAGCAAUUGAACAGGGACCACCAAGACAAUGUUACAUCCACAACCUGGACAGUGCCAGUAUUGCAUUCUCUGCCUUGAAACAACAUUGUGUGAGAAAGAAAUAGUACAUGAUAAUUGCUUUUCUUU